CUACCCGUCACUGUUGCUGUCGUCGCACAAAAUCAGGAAGCAUCACUUGAAUCUACGGAAGUCUACAAAGCAAUUAAAGAAGAAAAGUUGCCAGCACAUAGCCAGAACAUUGAACAAGUUCAAUCAGCUGCUUUGUCAGUCGAGAUGGUAAAGGAAGAGAACUUUGCGGCCGAUGGCGCCGAUGAGGAGAUGUUAGGCGCCGGCACAGCCGAUGAGAAACUUACGGAGCGUCGCGACGAGGUCAAAUUCAUAAAGGGCGAUCAACAGAAUGGCGACGCAAAGAUCGACAUAGGCAAUCUGAACGGCAAGCCGGCUUUCACUGGCAUGAGCAAGGAGGAGCUAAUGAAGUAUGCCAAUGAUCCUUUCUGGGUGCGUUUGCGUUGGAUAUUCUUUGUGAGCUUCUGGGUCAUCUGGGUGGGCAUGCUCGUGGGCGCCAUUAUGAUCAUAAUAGGUGCACCCAAGUGUGCGGCACCAGAACCCUUGCCCUGGUACAAGCGCGGACUGCACGCCAAGUUUGGCAGCGUGGCUGAUGCCAAGCCCCAGGACUUGCAAGCCGCCCAGAAACUGUUCGCUUCGGGUGCCAUUUACGAGCUGCCCGCUGCGCAGACCUACGACGUGAAGAAAGCAGAUGUGGAGGCACAAAUCAAGCAACUCGUUGAUUUCUACAAGUCCAGCGACGUGAAGGUCGUGCUCGAUCUCACACCCAACUAUGUCAACAACAACUCUCAGCUGUUCAUCGAUGCGCUGGCCAAUGCAGAUAGUCGGGCUGCAUUUGUGUGGGUAGACGCUGGCAGUGAGCUGCCUAACAACUGGAAGAAGGUGGGCGGCAACUCCAGCGCCUGGAUAAAGCAAGAUAACAGCUAUGUGCUGUCACAGUUCGAAGAGGGCCAUUACGAUCUGAAGAUGAAUUCUACGCUAGUGCGCAAAGAGUUUGGAGAUGUGCUACGACAUCUACUUGGACUGGGAGUGCAUGGCUUCCGCUUGAAGAACACCAAGUUUUAUCUGGUCAACGAUAAUCUGGCCGAUGAGGAGAUCUCGCACACAACCACCCAACUAAAUAUGGUGGACUAUGGCUUCUACACCCACACACAGACCACAUUCCAGAAUGGUUUGGGCGAUGUGCUCUACGACUAUUUGGGCAUGGUAAAGAACGUCUCUGCGGAUGCAUUCCUUUCGGUGGCCGAGGAUAUUAUACGUCCUGAAGCGUACGUGCUGAGCCAAUCGGGCGGUGCUUUGGGCAUAGACUUGCCCAUGUACGGAGAAUUCGUACGAACACUCAGCUCCUCGAAGACAAACAAGAAACUGCAACAGCAGCUACAACAAACUCUCAUGGACACGGGCAACACCAGUUGGCUGCAGUGGAACUUUGGCGAUGUCUACGUGGACACCACGUCGCAUCCGUCUGCACUGGCACUCUUCAUGUCCCUGCUGCCGGGCGUGCCCGUCGUGCCUGUGGACUCCAUUGAGUAUGUGAAUGUCAAAGAGGAGACCUACAGUCAAAUCCAACAGAUGCGUCUUUCGCCCUCAUACAUGCAUGGCGAGCUUAACAUCUUCGAGGCCAAUCAGCUAAUUGCCUACUCCAGGCAAAGAAUCAAGUCUGGCAGUCCCGGCUACUUUGUCAUCUUUAAUCCCACCGAUUCGCCGCAGUUGAGCAACUUUACCGCCGUUAACAAUCUGCCCGAGAAGAUGACCGUCUCCUAUUUCAGCGAGAACUUCAACGAAGGCAAUGCCACCAACAUAUUGUACUCGAGCAAGGUCGACCUCAAUGAGCUGAAGGUCUCACCUCACUCGACCAUUGUUUUCACCUAUGUGCCGGUCAAGAGUGAAUAGAAAAACUC